UGAGGUUAAUUCCUUUAGAGUUGCGGUAGCCGGCAGAAGGUAGUUUUGUUCAUAAAGACCUUAGUGUUAAUCUCUGCGAAUUUAGAUUUUAGAAAUUAAAAAAAAUUGUUCAAAAUGGUGAAACAUAUUGUUUUAAGCUUUUUGUUAUUCUUAAAUGUUAUAAUUGUUUUUGGUGCGAGUGUUGACAAAUAUUGCAACAGAAAUUUAUGCGGAGGAACUAAUGCUCAUGUUGCGUGCAAUAAUAAUCAACAAAUCCAACCAUCCUGUGCAGCCAACAGUAAAGUCCUUAAAUUAAGCCCACAAAUUAAACAAAUGAUUGUCGAUAAGCACAACGCAUAUCGCAACCAACUUGCCCUGGGAAAAGUGCCGCACUUUCCGUCUGCCAAUCGAAUGGCUACCAUGAAAUGGAGUGAUGAAUUAGAAUUUAUGGCUAAAUUAAAUGUCAAAUCUUGCACCGGAACUCAUGAUUCUUGUCGGAAUACACCUAAAUUUAAACAAUCUGGCCAGAAUAUCGGUAGACAAACCAUAUUCGGAGAUAAAAUCUCUUCAGCUGAUCUCGAAAGUACAAUCAAAGGUACAAUUGAUCGUUGGUUUGCAGAGUAUCCUUUAUGUCCACGAAAUCAACCAGAAGUCUAUACUGAUGGAAAAAAUAAAUGUGGUCAUUUUACUGUGAUGAUAGCUGAUAAAAAUACCCAUGUUGGAUGUGCCAUGAUUCUCAUGAAAAAUGAUAAAACAGUUCUAACGUGUAAUUAUGCCACGACGAAUUUGGUUAAUUCAAAACUCUUCCAUCCGGGAAAGACAGCUUCCCAAUGUAAGUCUGGAAAGAGUAAAAAAUACUCUGGAUUGUGUUCAAGCAAUGAAAAAUACUUUUAAAUAAUUUUAGAUUAGAUUAAAAAAAAUCGUAAUUUUAAGAAAUAAUUUAAAUUAAAUUAAGAAAUGUAAAUAAAGAAAAUAAAAAUCAUAUAUGUAUGUACAUAUGCAAUAAGUUCUAAAA